CUCAUUUGACUAUACAUUGUACUGUGUAUUAGCUACAUACCUCGAGAUCUACGCUACGACGAUAUAACAUUAGAACAUUCCUUUAUUCGUCCAGUAAUUCAUUUUCUAUGUGGAAUAAAAGAUGAACUACAUGACUACUUAAAAAUAUACACAGAUAGGAAGUUUGCAUAUUUGUAGGACUUAGUGAAGUGUUACCCCCUCCCCGGAAUAUUUAGACGAGCACGUUGUUUACAUGAACACCGAAAACAUGGCAUCUGAAAAAAUUUAUAGACACGUCAAAUCAAAACUUCCUCGUCGUAACGAAUGUCCAAAAGUUUCAUAUCAAUAAAAACGGCAAAUACAUAAGUGCCUUUUAUUAAAAUGCACAAAUCACAUUCAUAUUCAAUCCCUAAAUCGUACUCGCCAACUCAGUUCACAGUCAAUGAUUGGGUACCAAAUGACUGGAUGCAGGCGAUACGCUCCCCAACGCAGUACAGAGUCGGCAACGCUACACUGCAUGUGAAGCCACGCAUGAUUGCCUAUGGUGCCGUUCUGUUGACAGCAGUGAUCAUACUUCUGAUUUACGUCAUACCAUCUGCACGUGGCAGAGGUAUCCACCCUGGUUGUGACUACAGAAAUAGUGUAGAAAACUCACAAUACGACCCAACAUAUCCUUUGACUAAACCUUUAAAGACACAAUUCGAAACCCAGUUUAAAAUAGCCCUUGUAACAGACUUGGAUACAGAUUCAAAAAGUGAAACUAAAAAGAACACAUGGCUAAGUUAUUUAUUGUAUGGAAACUUUACAAUAUCGGAUGAUCUUUCCAAGGUUUCAGUUUUGUUUGAUGGGAAACCAGUUUUGCUGUCUUCCCAAGUGUCCGAAGGUGGACGGGGCAUGGAGCUGUCAGAGUUGAUAGUCUUCAACAAUAGAUUAUACACCGUUGAUGACCGAACAGGCAUUGUCUAUGAAAUCCGUGAUAACCUGGUUAUUCAAAGAUUCUUGUUAACUGAUGGUAAUGGGAAUGAAGGAAAAGGAUUUAAAUGUGAAUGGGCUACAGUGAAGGAUAGGCGUCUGUAUGUUGGAGGUCUGGGAAAGGAAUGGACAACAACUGAUGGUGAAGUUGUCAACACAAAUCCACAGUGGGUAAAAUCUAUUGGAAUAGCAGGGGAUAUUCAACACCAUGAUUGGAAAGGCAACUACAAUGCUUUACGAGCAAAAACUAACAUGAAUUUGCCAGGGUAUAUAAUCCAUGAAUCUGGUGUGUGGAGUUCAGUGCAUCAAAAAUGGUUCUUUCUGCCACGCCGUGCUAGCACCUUCAAGUACGAAGAAUCUGCGGAUGAACAUAGAGCUUCAAAUCUGAUGUUCACUGCUAGUGAGGAUUUCCAGGACAUUGAAGUGUCAUCAGUUGGGAAACUGAACCCAACCCAUGGCUUCUCUUCUUUUAAGUUUGUUCCAGGCACUAAGGAUAGUGUUUUAGUAGCCUUAAAAUCAGAGGAGGAUGGCAGUAAGAAAGCUUCAUACAUUAUGGUUUUUGAUAUUAAGGGAAACAUUAUAUUAGAUGAAACAAAGAUAGGAGAUAAAAAGUUUGAAGGCAUAGAAUUCGUAUGAUUUCAGUUCUUGAAUUUCAUGUUUUAAUUUAUUGCAUGCAAUGCUUUAAAGGACUUAUAAAUCACAUGGUUUGAGGUGGUCAUUUCAAAAUGUCCAUUUUUAUUCCUGGCAGGUGUGGGGGGGGGGGGGGGGGUUGAUGGGGCGCUGGUGGAUGGGUGUUUGGCUAUAAAACAAGGAUAUUUGAAGAAGCAUUGAUUACUUUUACAGACUACCUUUUUGUUCUUAAAGCGUUUGGCUUACUUAAAUUAGAAUUGAUGCAGUAAAUCAACUCAUCCAAAAUGUAAAAGCGCUUAAAGGGCUAUUUAUUUAUAAAAAUAUGGAAUGCAGAUAUUAACAACACUAUUGCCGAGCAAUAUUGUCCCCUACCGGCUCCAACAUUGUCAGAAAUACCACAAUUGUCAGAUUUUUUUAUAUUUGUUGCCAUAGCAACCAGAAUUUUUGACGUAGACACAAAAUGAAAUGACGCGCAUAAUGCCCAUAUUGCCAUCUAUCCAUGUUUCAAGUUUCAUCAAAAAAUAUUAAGAACUUAAAAAGUUAUCGCAGGAUCCAGAAAAGUGUGACUGACUGACUGACUGACAGUCUGACAGACAGAGCGCAAACCAUAGGUCCCCUCCGGUGAAACCGGUAGGGGACAAUAAUGGCAUACAUGACAUAUACUAAUACAUAACACAGGGUAUUUAAUAAUGGACAUAGCAUAGCGUGCACGCAAUCUGUGUUAAAUAUUCCAUUUCCGAUGUGGAUUUUGUUUGUUUAGCCCUUUUCAUGUUUACAUUUUAACAUCCAUUUAAUGACACCAUAGGCCCUUCAAACAUACAUUUCCAUUGCAUUUUGUUGUUAUAUUAUUUUAUAAUAUUUAAGAACACACUUUGAUAUCAACACAAAUGGGCUUUCUUUGUCACUGAAAACAAAAGUUUCAGCCAAGUGUUAUUGACAUUUAAAGGUAAACAAUGAGUGCAUAGUUAUAGUUUAAUUAAAUAAUGAAAUAUUGUUGAAUUAAUUACCAGUCUGUGUGUGAAAUACUCAGAAAUGUGAAUCUUUUGAUUCCAGGCCCCUGAUAUUUUUUUUCAAUAACAGUUUAUAUGAUAGUGCAAAUAUAGGUGUUACAAUUUAUCUGAACAACGUAGCUCUAGAUAUGCCUAUGCAUCUGUAUACUCAGAUAAGUGAUCAUAAUGUCUGCUAAUGAGACCACAAAACCCUAGAGACAAUAGCUAACAGGGUAACUCCUGACCAGACUGCACGAAUGGCUGGUCUGGAACCCUCCUGAUUGCAUAUGGCAUUAUACCCAUUUUUACAUAAAUAGCGCAUUAGAUCAUACUAUUAAUUUAUUAUGUUGGUAAUUUUUAGCUUGACUUUUCGAAGAAAAAUGAGAGCUAUAC